CCCCCCCCUCCUCUCUCUCUCUCCUCCCUCCCUCUGGACCCAGUUUGUAAUCUGACACAGUGCGCUGCAGUGACUCCAUCUCUGUCUCAUUCUCUUCCGUGAGCCGUGGGAGGCCGGACACUGUGAGCAUCCAAGAAAUGACCCACCACACCUGAAGACUGCAGGUGCUGAAGACAGAUUUGGUGAGCCCCACACUGGUACAACAGGGAACCCAGCCAUAAAGCUUGGCGGAAGAUGAACUGAAGGAUGCUAUCCACAGGGAACGUAAUCUGAGGCCUCUUUAUACAGGCCUUCCUAUGAGCUGUACAGGAUAACCAGGUGAAGGCUGAGCAUGCCUGGCUCCAUCACUUGCUCCCUGUGGUAACCCAAGUGGACAGCACAAUUCGUGAAGGAGAAACACCAGCUCCAAGCCAAACUGGAGAACCUAGAACAGGUCCUGAAGCAUAUGCGAGAGGCUGCUGAACGGCGGCAACAGCUGGAGUUGGAGCAUGAGCAAGCCCUGGCUGUCCUCAACGCCAAGCAACAGGAAAUCCAGCUUCUGCAGCAGGCUCAGGUUGAAGCUAAGAAGGAGCACGAAGGCACUGUGCAACUGCUAGAGUCCAAGGUCCGAGAGCUGGAAGAGAAAUGCCGUGUGCAGAGUGAGCAAUUCCAUCUGCUGUCUCGGGACCUGGAGAAGUUCCGGCAACAGGCUGGGAAUAUUGACCUGCUAGGCAGCAGCUCGGUGGCCUUGCUAGACAUCCCCUUGGCCCCUGGCAAGCCUUUACCACAGUACAUGAAUGGACUAGCCACCUCCAUCAGCAAAGGUCACGAGGGCCCCACUGGACACUACUCUUUGAUUGGUGACUAUAUCCCGCUGUCCAGGGACAAGCUGGAGCCUCCGUGUGUGAAGCCCUCCUUCCUGUUGUCACCCAGCAGCCCAAGAUGCAGAUUUGAGUCCAACAUGGACAAUGACCGGAACUCCAACACCUCCAAGCAGAGCAGCGUGGGGAAGGUACACCUGUGUGUUGCCCGCUACAGUUACAACCCCUUUGAUGGGCCCAAUGAGAAUCCAGAAGCAGAGCUGCCUCUUACAGCAGGAAAAUACCUCUACGUGUAUGGUGACAUGGAUGAGGAUGGGUUCUAUGAAGGGGAGCUGCUGGAUGGGCAGAGGGGCUUGGUGCCCUCCAACUUCGUGGAUUUUAUCCAGGACAAUGAGUCUCGGUUGGCCAGUACUCUGGGGAGUGAGCAGGACCAGAACUUCCUCAACCAUUCUGGAAUCAGCUUGGAGCGUGACAGUGUACUUGACCUACACUCCCCCACUCACAUGGACUCUGGUAUUACUGACAAUGGUGGCGGGACACUGGACAUGAACAUCGAUGACAUUGGAGAAGACAUUGUGCCUUACCCUAGGAAAAUCACCCUUAUCAAACAGCUUGCCAAAAGUGUCAUUGUCGGUUGGGAACCCCCUGCUGUGCCACCAGGCUGGGGCACUGUGAGCAGCUACAAUGUGUUGGUGGACAAGGAGACACGUAUGAGCCUCGCCCUGGGCAGGAGAACCAAGGCACUCAUUGAGAAACUCAACACAGCCACCUGUACCUACCGCAUCUCUGUGCAGUGCAUCACAAGCCGGGGCAACUCAGACGAGCUGCAGUGUACGUUGCUGGUGGGCAAGGAUGUGGUAGUGGCGCCGUCCCAGCUGCGCGUGGACAACAUUACACAGAUCUCUGCCCAGCUCUCCUGGCUGCCCACCAACAGUAACUACAGCCACGUCAUCUUCCUCAAUGAGGAAGAGCUGGACAUUGUGAAGGCAGCCAGGUACAAGUACCAGUUCUUCAACCUCAGACCCAACAUGGCCUAUAAGGUGAAGGUCUUGGCCCAGCCUCACCAGAUGCCCUGGCAGCUGCCGCUGGAGCAGAGGGAGAAGAAAGAAGCCUGUGUGGAGUUCUCCACACUUCCUGCAGGCCCCCCAGCCCCACCACAAGAUGUCACUGUCCAAGCAGGGGCUACAGCAGCUGCCAUCCAGGUUUCCUGGAAGCCCCCUGCACUGACUUCCACUGGACUGUCCAAUGGGGCAAAUGUCACAGGCUAUGGUGUGUACGCCAAAGGGCAGAGGGUGGCAGAAGUUAUCUUCCCCACUGCUGACAGCACCACAGUGGAGCUGGUUCGGCUGCGGAGCCUGGAGGCCAAGACUGUAAGCGUGCGCACCCUGUCUGCCCAGGGCGAGUCUAUGGAUUCUGCCCUUGCUGCCGUCCCCCCUGACCUCCUGGUGCCUCCAGCCCCCCACCCGAGGACUGCUCCCCCACCAAAGCCAUUAGCAAGUGCCCCGGAUACCAAAGACCAACACCUGGGUCCCCACGCCAAAGUGGAUGAGUCCUGGGAACAGAGCAGGCCAGCUGGCCCUGUACAUGGCCGUAUGCUGGAACCACCCGAUAUGCACAGUGCUGGCCCUGGCAGAAGGUCACCUUCACCCAGCCGGAUCCUCCCUCAGCCACAGGGAACUCCUGUGUCUACCACUGUCGCCAAGGCCAUGGCCCGUGAAGCUGCACAGAGGGUGGCCGAGAGCAGCAGGUUAGAGAAAAGGAGUCUCUUUUUGGAGCGGAGCAGUGCAGGGCAGUAUGCUAACUCUGAUGAAGAGGAUGGCUAUGCUUCCCCUGAGGUCAAGAGGAGAGGCAUGUCAGUGGAUGACUUCCUGAAAGGGUCAGAGCUAGGCAAGCAGCCCCACUGUUGUCAUGGAGACGAUUAUCAUACAGAGAGCAGCCGGGGGUCCGACCUCUCAGACAUCAUGGAGGAGGACGAGGAGGAGCUGUACUCAGAGAUGCAGCUGGAGGAUGGAGGCCGGCGUCGGCCUAGUGGCACGUCCCACAAUGCCCUCAAGGAAUGCCAUAAGACUAGGAGCUCGGAAGGCGCUUUCCUGGAACAGCCCGAGUUCCCCCAGCAGCCCCACCGCAGUAAGAGACUGUUCAGUAUCCCUGAGGUAGCGGAGGAGGACACCGAGCAUGGCGAGCCGUUGCUCAGGCAGGGCAUGGGGUCCUCCCGAGCCAGGGCCCUAUUGGCUGUGGAGCGCGGGUCAGCCCGGCCCUGCUGGGGACAUCCCAUCCUACAGGGAUCCUGGCACCCUGCAGAGCACAGGGGCUCGGGCAUCCACAUGGAGGACCUCUUUCUGGAAGACAGAGGCUGUCGGUUCAGCCGCUCGGCCACCAGGAGCCCGGACAGUGGUUUGGACUGUGGCAGUGAGGAGGAAGAGUCUCGAUUUAGUUUCAGGAGCGCCACGGCCAAAUGCAGCCCAGGCCCUGGCCACUGUCCCUGUAGGAGAAGCCCAAGGCCCCUGCUGGCCCGGCGGCGGACGCUGACCCGGCAGAGCAGCAUCGAAGAGGACUUUGGGGAGCAGGUGGACCCCAGUGACGUCAUCAAGAGGGAUGACACCCAGCCCAGCCUGGAGAGGCCCAUGCCCAGGAGGGAUGGCUGGGACGAGGCCAGCGACCACGAAGAGUUUCGGGGUAUCUGGAGGAAAAGCCUAGCCAUGCCCGACAGUAGGGCAGCUGACCGGCACGCACAGCCUCCUCCCCGAGUGGCAGACGGCCCUUUGAUUUUAGGAAACCCAGCAUCCGCAGGACGAGUGGACCGGGCAGAUCACGUGGGCCGGAGGUUUUCUCAUGGCAGUGCAGGUCCUCAAAUGAGGCACCGGCCGAUGGCUCCAUCCAUUGAUGAAUAUACUGGGCGAGACCACUUUUCUCCAGACUUCUAUGAAGAGUCGGAAACUGACCCCGGUGCUGAGGAGCUCCCUGCCCGUAUCUUCGUGGCUCUGUUUGAUUAUGACCCACUCACCAUGUCCCCAAACCCAGAUGCUGCUGAAGAAGAGCUUCCCUUCAAAGAAGGACAGAUCAUCAAGGUCUACGGAGAUAAAGAUGCAGACGGGUUCUACCGUGGGGAGACCUGCGCCCGGCUUGGCCUCAUUCCCUGUAACAUGGUUUCCGAGAUCCAAGCGGAUGAUGAGGAGAUGAUGGACCAGCUGCUGAGACAAGGCUUCCUCCCUCUGAACACACCUGUGGAGAAAAUAGAGAGAAGUAGAAGAAGUGGUCGGGGUCACUCUGUGCCCACACGAAGAAUGGUGGCUCUCUACGAUUAUGACCCAAGAGAAAGCUCGCCCAAUGUGGAUGUUGAGGCUGAACUUCCAUUUUGCACAGGAGAUAUUAUUACUGUUUUUGGUGAAAUUGAUGAAGAUGGAUUUUAUUAUGGCGAGCUGAAUGGGCAGAAAGGCCUGGUACCUUCAAACUUCCUGGAAGAAGUGCCUGACGAUGUGGAGGUAUACCUCUCCGAUGCGCCGUCCCACUACUCCCAAGACCCGCCUAUGCGCUCCAAGGCCAAAAGGAAGAAGAGUGUUCAUUUCACACCCUAAUCAGGCAUGUAGCCUUCACGUAAGUGAGCAGCCGAAGACACCUUAGAGAGAUACCGACUUAAGCUACCCUAAGCGGACAGUGUGGUAGUCUUAAGACUUCAAUGUGGGCUUAAAGAAAGAGAAAGAGAGAAAAAGAAAUAUGUCUCAAAACACCCAUUGGACCUAAAGUAUUAGGCUAUCUCAGCUGGUCUCAGUUGCUUGGCAACUGGAUUCGUAAUGAAACGAAUCAUCUUGAAUAAUCAGUUCUUACUAUUUCUAUUGAGAGUAUUGGAAAGGCCAACCUUGGGAACAUAUUUCUUAAAAAGCUGUUUGUUUACAUAGAGUGCUCCAGCGUGUACUCAUAAUGGAAGCUGUGUAUUGCAUUGUUAGCCACUCUUGGUAAAAAGCACAACCUAAUCAAUGUUUACUCUAGGAAGUUUUAUUUAUAACUAAGAAAACACUACAAUUCAAGAUAAAUCCGUGGGCAGUGGGGCUGGCUCUUGGGUACACCAAAGCUGGCUGGAAUACUGAGUUCCAGAACCUCAGCCUUAUGAGCAACCGAAGUAAGCUAGAAAGCUUAGACUCUUUUCCGAGCACAACCGUUCUGAGCACUCACAGGUGCAGUAGAGGCGGGUUGGUGCGCCAAUGCAAUACGGCGUCUCCUGACUCCACAGUUCCGAUGAUUGCACGAGCUGGGCUCCAUGGUAUCUUCAGGUGUGCUUUGGGUGCAUCCCUAGGUGUUUUCCAUUAGAGUUAGACCUUGAUUUUAAAUCCAAGCAAGCUUGAGGCCCCUUGGCUUGUAUUGCCUGUCAAAUGACUGGCUUUUGCUUGUCAAGAAUUUUACUCUGGGGAGUUUUGCAACCCAGAGGUGUGGCAAUUGUAAGUGUGCCUAGCUUCAGAAUGAAGGGCAGUCAGCAUGUCAUGUCCCCAAAUCAAAUUCUGCCCCUUUGAAGCACUGUUGGCUGAACACCUAAAGUCCCUCAAACAUGCCUUGUGCUGGCGAUAACUCAUGUUGCACCAUUUAAUUAUUGCUCUACUAUUUGGCAAUGACAAAGAGUUCAAGAAGGGCCUUUGAGCUUCCUUUGAUUGUAAUUAAGGUUCAUUUCAGUUUUUUUUUCUUUCAAACAGUGUGCCAUUCCCAAAGUUUCCAUAGGAUUGUAACUAACCCAAGGGCUCGCUCAACCAUGCAAGGAUCUUAAUUACCCACCUAGUUUGCAAAUCCAUCCAAAUUCCCACUAAGAGCUUUUGCUUUAACAUGACUGAUGGGAACUCGGCCACCUUGACUAUCAAUCUGAUUGACAAUAACUCCCCCUGCUUUUAGUCUGAAUUUUCAGAGUAAAUUAAGACCUGGCUUUCUUUGCCAAAGCGAUGACCACCCCGUCUCCCAAGACAAAGACUCCGAAAGCCCAUCGAGGCCAGUCUCUUUCUCAGAGGAGCCUUGGGAGCGGGCGUGGGCUUCACAUGGCAUACUUUAAAAAUUGAAAGAAGAAACGAACCACCCUUUCCCCUGGCUGGCGGGAGAUGGGGAAGUACGUGUUACGGAGUGGAUUGAUAUUGUUGGCGUUGAUGCACUCAAUAAACUGUCGCAAUGUACCUACUAGGUUCCUCCCGAGGGUUCAGGGACAGCAAGGAGAGCUCCAUCCCCCACAGUCCAUCUCCAUUCGGGGUCACCUACGUCAUCUAUGGGUUCUGGUAGUCCUGGGAGAGGCAGGGAAAUGUCCUCGAAAAAGAAAA